GAGGAGGAGGAGGAGGGGAAGGACUCGAGGGAGGCUCCGGAGAGGCCUCGGGAUGAGCGGAUCCCGCCGGGAACGGCCGGGGAAUCCGGGAAUUCUGGGAAUGCCGGGAAUUCCGGGAAUGCCGAGCGCAGGAUUUCCGUCUCCAGCCCCGGCAGAGGCCACAAGAUCUUCGUGGUGACGCGCGUGGAAAACGUUCCCGAUAAAUCUGAGGCCGUUCCCGAUAAAUCCGGGGCCGUUUCCGAUAAAUCUGAGGCCGUUCCCGAUAAAUCCGGGGCCGUUUCCGAUAAAUCCGGGGCCGUUCCUGAUGGAUCCAGAGCCGUUCCUGAUAAAUCUGAGGCAGUUCCCGAUGGAUCCAGGGCAAUUCCUGACAAAUUUGGGACUGUUCCUGACAAAUCUGGGGCCGUUCCUGACGGAUCUGGGGCCGUUCCCGAUGGAUCCAGGGCCAUUCCCGAUAAAUCCGGGGCUGUUCCCGAUGGAUCCGGGGCAAUUCCUGACAAAUCUGGGGCUGUUCCAGAAAAAUCCAGGUCCAUUCCCGACGGAUCCAGGGCUCUUUCAGAAGGAUCCGAGGCCAUUCCCGACGAAUCUGGGGCUGUUCCCGACGAAUCUGGGGCUGUUCCAGAUGGAUCCGGGGCUGUUCCUGAUGGAUCCAGAGUCAUUUCUGAUGGAUCUGAGGCCGUUCCCAAAGGAUCCGGGGCCGUUCCCGAUGGAUCCGGAGCCGUUCCCGACAGAUUUGAAGCCGUUCCCAAUGAAUUUGAGGCCGUUCCCAAAGGAUCCAGGGCCGUUCCUGAUGGAUCUGGGGCUGUUCCCGACGGAUCUGGGGCCGUUCCCGACAGAUUUGAAGCCGUUCCCAAAGGAUCCGGGGCCGUUCCUGACAAAUCCGGGGCAGUUCCCGACGGAUCUGGGGCCAUUCCCGAUGGAUCUGGAGCCGUUCCCGAUGGAUUUGGGGCCGUUCCCGUUGGAUCUGGGGCUGUUCUGGAUGGAUCCGGAGUUGUUCCCAAUGAAUCUGAGGCCGUUCCCGACAGAUCCGGGGCCGUUCCCAAAGGAUCCGGGGCCGUUCCCGAUGGAUCUGGAGCCAUUCCCGAUGGAUCUGGGACCGUUCCCGAAGGAUCUGGGACCGUUCCCGAGCUCCCGAGCCCGGCUCCAGCCCCAAUUCCCGAACUCCCGCCCUCGGGGGCCAACGGAGCCGCGGGAAUUCCGUGUCCCGGGAGCCCUUCCCGGGAUUCUCCGCUUCCCAACGGGCUCCAGGCGGAUUUCGCCCGAGCGCUGCCGGAGCCGGGCCCGGAGGGCGACGGGAAAACGGGAACGCGCGGGGCCGAGCACGAGCUGAGCUGCUCCCGGAAGGAGCAGGAGCUGGAGGAGCUGCUCCUCGAGGCGAGCCUGGACACGGCCCCGGAGCCGCUGUGAGCGCAGGUUUUCCAGGGAGAGGCUCCCACGGCUUUUUCCCUCUUCCCACUCCGCACAAGAUUCCAAGGAAACCUCGGGAUUUCGGGACUUUCUCGGAGAGAAACAAAAAAAAAAAAACGGAUUUUCCCCGACUUUUCCCGACUUUUUUCCCGGAAUUCCCGGAGCGGGGAAGGGGCAGGGAAGGAUCCGAASUCGGCCCCGGGAUCCGAAGGCGAUUCC